AUGCCUUUGAACAACUCUUUUCUGGGCCCCUGGGAGGAUUUUGCUUCUGAUUGGGAUGAGGGAAUGGGGAAUGAAGGAAACGACUACUUUCGCUUCCUUGAACUUCCCAUUUUAGAGAAGCUCGUUGAAAGACCAGAAGGAUUUCGUGCCUUGGACCUUGCAACUGGUAAUGGUCUAGUGGCACGCUGGUUAGCCCAGGAAGCAGCCUCUGUUACUGCCACCGACGGUGCUGUUUCGAUGCUGGACCGUGCAAGGGCACGAACAGACAGUUCCAUAUAUAGGGAAAAGAUAUCCUACCACUGCCUGGAUGUCACAGACCAAGCAUCCUGGGAUAAAUUCAUGACAGCCAACACCGACUUAGUGGUUGGCGGUUUCGAUGUCAUUUCCAUGAAUAUGGCUCUCAUGGACAUUCAGGAUCUGGGACUGUUGGCAAGGUCUUUGAAACAACUGCUAACGCCAAACGGUUGUUUUGUUGCUACUCUGCUUCAUCCACUGUUCUUCACAUCUGGGGCAGCUCGGCAGAUAAUGGUCCACGAGGACCCAGAGACCGGCCAGCGAGUAGUCAACCGCUCGAUUGUCAUGACUAAAUACCUGAACGUCCCUCCAGCCAGGCAGUUGGUUUUCAAAGGGCAAAAUGAGUCGCCGUACAUGUUCCAUCGACCUUUGAACCAGCUCUUCGCUCCAUUCUUUCAAGCAGGCCUCACCAUGGAUGCGCUCGAGGAGACUAAUUUCGAUGAAAGCUUCUGUGAUCCUUUACGUGAACACUCAUCGAAGAAUUUUACCGAGUUUCCAAAGGUACUUGGCUUUAGAAUGAGGCUUCCAUCGAAUCUUGAGUAA